ACACGGAGGUAUUUCAGCAGGAGCCGGAAGUGAGUUAAAGUUGUGGCAACGCGCGGAAUAGCUGAAGUUCUGAGUUAAUUUAGUAUUUGUGGAAGAUUUGUGAGUUUAUUCAGGUAAACAUGGCAUCUAAACGUAAAUGUGACGCCACGGUUCCUGCGGAGGAAAGUGACCAACUGCUCAUCCGCCCGCUAGGAGCAGGACAGGAGGUGGGACGGUCCUGCAUCAUCCUGGAGUUCAAGGGACCAAAGAUUAUGCUGGACUGCGGGAUCCAUCCUGGUCUGGACGGGACGGACGCUCUGCCGUACAUCGACCUGAUCGACCCGGCUGAAAUUGACCUGCUGCUCAUCAGCCACUUCCACCUGGAUCACUGUGGAGCUCUGCCCUGGUUCCUGCAGAAGACCAGCUUUAAAGGACGCACCUUCAUGACUCACGCCACCAAGGCCAUCUACCGCUGGCUGCUGUCCGACUACGUCAAAGUCAGUAACAUCUCUGCAGACGACAUGUUGUCACGGAGACGGACCUGGAGGAGAGCAUGGAGAAGAUGGAGACCAUCAACUUCCACAGUGCGGACGGUAACAAGUGGUGAACACAGCGGUGAAGGACAGCCGCAUGAUUGUGUUGCAGUCAUAGCAGAAACCUGCUCUCUAAGGGCAGACUUGCAGGAGACUCCUCUAACAAACCCAGACAUGGAGUUGUUUGUGGACGGCUCAGCAUCACGUGAUCCAGCUCCUGGUCAAAAACACCAUCCCGAAGGCCGCAGAGAAGAAACUGCACGAUCUGGAGCCAGGGGACUGGAUUGUGGGAAAGGACUUCAGGAGAAAGGGCUCGCAGGUGGACCGGGCCAUUUCAGAUACUGCUAACAACAGAAACAGCAGUAAAAGUGGCUGAAAGAGCAACUUGGAUUCACGCCACCCACUGCAAACGAGUGCCAAAGCAACCAAAAGGCCUCAAACCAGGCGAAGAUGGAGAUCAGUGAUUGAGCUGAGCUUUCCCCUGCCUUGUGUUCCUAGGGAGGGAGGGGAGUGGAGGUCUCUGAGACCACCUAGAACCACUAAUCUCCCAAACACUCACCGCGGGCACACUGAAACCAACAGAUGGCUCUGGAGAGGUGACGGACCGAGACAAAACGGAGGCGUUGUUCUGCUCACUGUCAUCAUUUCCAAACAUGAAAACAACAAACUUGGCCUGACUGAGGGAAAGUUCCAGGCCGAAGAGGAGGAGAUGCACGUCCUCCCUGACAGCCCGGCUGGGCUGAAAGACAAUGCAUGGUAUGCAACCACGAUGACCACAAGAAAAGUAACCAAUCAGAGCUGUUAUGCGUGUGCACAGCUCCCUCAUGGAGUGGGGAACUCCAUACCAGUGAAACCCAGACCAAUAAAUGUUUCAGAGACACUAGGAGCCCUGUUAACCUUCACUCAAGGGUUUCCCAGGGUGGGCCGAGAAGUUAAGGAUAUGACCAAGACACUUAACUGUGUAACAUCAGCAUGGUCAACUUUAGGGUUAGGUUCUGGAACACGUCUCACAUAACCACCAGAUGUACCUUGGACAUGGGUGUCUUUCUAUAGAUCCAGAUUGAGUGUCCCCUAGGGAACACUGAAAGACACCAUGUUUCUUUGAUGAGAUAGGACUCCGACCCUGAGACUAAGAUAAAAGCUGCAUGACCUGUUACGCUGCAGCUCACUCGGAUGAUACUCUCGGAUGUGUAUGUGUCCCCUUGAAUUCCUUCUGCAGAAGACUUGAAUAAAAUUCACAGAAAGACAA